AUGUCUCGGCAGUCCACUAUCACCUUCCACUCAGGCAGCCGCAGGGGCUUCAGCACCACCUCAGCCACCACACCUGCAGCAGGGCGCUCCCGCUUCAGCUCUGUCUCUGUGGCCCGCUCCACAGGUGGCAGCGGGGGACUGGGCAGGAUCAAUGGUGCUGGGGCUGGCUUUGGAAGCCGUAGUCUCUACAACCUUGGGGGGACCAAGCGGGUAGCCAUUGGUGGGUUCAGCAGCGGCUUCCGAAGUGGCUUUGGUGGCUGGGCUAGUACUGGAUUUGGGAUCAGCAAUGGAUUUGGCCAUGGGCCUGGUAUUGGAGGAAGCUUUGGUGGCCCUGGAUUCCCAGUCUGCCCUUCUGGAGGCAUCCAAGAGGUCACUAUCAACCAGAGUCUCUUGACUCCCCUCAACCUUCAAAUCGACCCCAGCCUCCAGCGAGUGCGGAAAGAGGAGCACGAGCAGAUCAAGACCCUCAACAAUAAGUUUGCCUGCUUCAUCGACAAGGUAUGCUUCGUGGAGCAACAGAACAAGGUCCUGGAAACCAAGUGGAACCUCCUGCAGGAGCAGGGCUCCAGGACUGUGAAGCAGAGCUUAGAACCCCUGUUUGACACCUAUAUCAAUGACCUCCGACGGCAGCUGGAUGGCAUCACCACAGAGAGGGGCAGGCUGGAGGCUGAGCUGAGGAACAUGCAGGAGGUUGUAGAAGAUUUCAAAAUCAGGUGUGAAGAUGAAAUUAAUAAGUGCAUGGCUGCUGAGAAUGAAUUUGUGACCCUGAAAAAGGAUAUGGAUGGUGCCUACAUGAACAAGGUGGAGCUGGAGGCCAAGGUCGAUGCUCUAACUGACCAGAUCAACUUCUACCAGAUGAUCUUUGAGGUGGAGCUGUCCCAGAGGCAGACCCAGGUCAGUGACACCUCUGUGGUGCUGUCCAUGGACAACAACCGAAAUCUGGACCUGGACAGCAUCAUUGCUGAGGUCAAGGCCCAGUAUGAGGACAUCGCCAACCACAGCCGGGCUGAGGCUGAGUCUUGGUACCAGUCCAAGUAUGAGGAGCUGCAGGUCACGGCGGGCAGACACGGCAAUGACCUCCGCAACACCAAACAAGAGAUCUCUGAGGUGAACCGGAUGAUCCAGAGGCUGAGAGCAGAGAUCGACAGCGUCAAGAAGCAGUGCUCCAGCCUGCAGACGGCCAUUGCUGACGCUGAACAGCGUGGGGAGCUGGCCCUGAAAGAUGCACGGGCCAAGCUGGUGGGCCCGGAGGAGGCCCUGCAGAAGGCCAAGCAGGACAUGGCCCGGCUGCUGCGUGAGUACCAGGAGCUGAUGAAUGUCAAGCUGGCCCUGGAUGUGGAGAUCGCCACCUAUCGCAAGCUGCUGGAGGGCGAGGAGUGCAGGCUGAGCGGAGAAGGAGUUUCUCCAGUUAACAUCUCUGUGGUUACCUCCACCAUUUCCAGUGGCUAUGGCAGUGGCAGUGGCAUUGCAGGUGGAAGCCUUGGUCUUGGUGGAGGCAAUGGCUACUCCUUCACUACCAGCGGUGGGCACAGCCUGGGCACAGGCCUGGGGGGCUCUGGCUUCACUGCCAGUAGCAGCCUGGGCCUAGGGGGCAGUGGUUCUAGGGUCAAGUUCAUCUCCACCAAGUCCUCCAGCAGGAAGAACUACAAGCACUAA